AGCAAUAUUCAGCGAAACUAUAAAAUAUAAUUAAAGCGAUUUUAGUGUAAAACAAAAAAGUAAUUAACUUAAAAGCAAUUGUUGCAAGUAUUGAAAAGCGAUGUUCUAGAAAUAUCUGACAUCUCGCACAUACAUCAGCUUUCAAACCCCAGUGACCUCGAACAGUUAAAGCGACGACACAAUGCCCUUCGUUGCGCCGAAGAGCACACCCACCAGCACCACUGGUCGCGCCACCUUUCGCCCACCAUGGGUAAAGGAGGAUACGACCGCCAAUGCCAAGCCCGCAGUGCCAUGGGCGAAGAAGACAGCUGCCAGCACAGCCGAGAAAGAUAAGCCGAAAGAUAAGGAGAAUGGCGAAAAACCUGCGUCCACUGCUGUGACAAAGAAGACAGCGGCACCAGCCAAGAAAACUACAGAGGAAACAGCGGCUGCCAAGAAAGUUGCCGAACCAGCUAAGAAGGCGGCAGUGGAGCCAGCGAAAAAGGUCGUCGCUCCAGCUAAGAAAGUGAUUGAGCCCGCUAAAAGAGCACCAGAGCCUGCCAAGAAGGUAGUUGCACCGGUGAAGAAAACUCCAGAACCCGUAACCGCCAAGAAACCACCAACAACGAGUGUGUCCAAAACAGCUGCGGCGGUGAAGAAGAAGGAGCCAACUCCAUCGUCAUCCGAAGAGGAGGAGACGGAAGAAGAGGAGGAGGAGACUGAGGAGGAGGAAAGCGAGGAGGAGGAAGACGAGAGCGAAGAGGAGGAAAGCGAAGAAGAAGAAGAAGAAGCGGAUGUGAAAGGUGAGGAUCUUGAGGGGCUGUCUGACCUUGAAUUUUCCGAAAACGAGUUUACACAACCCUCGCUGCGUUUGGGCGUAAAGCUCAAGAAAACCCCACAAGUUAAGAAAAAGGCGGAUGACAGUGAGUUAUCGAGACGUUUUUCAAUAGAAAAACCAAAGCUACGACCAGUAAUGGUCAAACGCGAUAAGUCGAUGAAAAAGGUAGAAGCUGAAAGUGGCGACGAAGACGACGAAAACGAAGAAGAACGCGAACGCCAAUUACGAUUUAAGUUAGAGAAACCGAAAUUGCGGCAUGUGAAACGCGAAGAGAAGCCCUUGCCAAGCAAGAGUACCGAGGACAUUAUGAAAAUACGGCCGGUUUUGAAAAAGGUGCCCAAAGUCGAUGAGAUACUCAAAGAACCGAAAGAGGAGCCGAAGCCUGAAUUCAAAACGAAACAGUUGCGCAAAGCGCCGUCAAUCAAGCGUGAUCCCAGCAUCAAAAAUGUUCCCGCUCCUCCGCCGCUGCCUUCGCUGGUACCGAAAGCGCCACCACCACCGCCACCACCAUUGGGCGCUGCUGGUCAAAAGCGCGAGCUGAGUGAAACACAAAAGGCCGUCAUAGAAAAACUUAAGACACGACCGCGCAGACGUCCCGAUUGGUCCGAGAUGAUGAAGGAGGUGGAGUCUGGCAAGAAAUUGCGUCAUGUGCAGUGCAACGACAGAUCUCAGCCCAUUCUCACUUGCAAAUCAAUGACGAAAGUGGACGAUAAGUUCAUCUACGAAACGGAAAAGGACAACUCACACAACAAACUACUGAAACAAAUUCAAGGUGGCAUCAAACUCAAACCCACACAGACAAAUGAUCGCAGUAAACCAUUUAUUGGGGGUUUGAGAAAAUUCCGCAAACAGAUGACAAUAGAGGAGCAGAUACAGAAGUCUCAAUCGAAAAUCAACCUACUAGCAGAGGCUGCUACUGCUGCUGUUGGAGCCGCAGUCGGAUCUGGCGCCGCUAGUGACCCGGCCAUUAUCACCAACAGCAUUGUAGCUGCACUCUCAAUUGACGAUCCCAGCGGAGACGAACUCGACGAUAUUGACAAGAUACGCGACGAUUUGCAGAGCACAAAGCAGAUGUUGGCCCUCGAAUUGCGUAAUCGCGAAGCGCAGGAACGGGAGAAUAAGAAAUUACUGGCGCAAAUUGCAACUCUAGAAGCGGAGCUGGAGCGCGAGAAGUCUCGCGAAAAGAAUCUGGAGUAUGGCUCACGUAUCAUUGUGGCAACUAUGGAACCGACAACCGCCAGUGAAGAGGCAUACUUAAAUUCACUCAAACAGGAAGCCGAAGAUGCCCGCAAGACAGCCAAAGACCUAGAGAAGAAAUAUCUUGACACAGGCGAAUUACUUGAUCAAGCAAAGAGCGAGAUUGAAGAGCAAAAGCGAACGAUACAGAUGAUGGAGCGUAAACUGGCGCAGGCAUUGCAGGGUAAUGUGACGCCCCUGCCCUGUCCUAUAUGUAGUAGAAGGCAACAAACAAAGUAUUUUUACUCACACGAAGACCCACUUGACAAGGAAUCGUAUUAUGGCUUUGAAAACUAUGCUAAUUGCUACACUAACACAAAGGGAGGCGGCUCUUUGAAUGGUUCAAGACGACCCAGCGAUGUGCAUGGUGGACGUGAUAGCUCACCAGAUUUAGAACUGGAUAUGAGUGAAAGUGAUCCUGACGAACCGGAGGAGAAAAAAGCGGAGCGCCGCGAACGACGUCUAGGGAAGGAAGUGAAGGUGCUCCGAAGCAAGUUGACAAAGAUAAAAGUUAAGCGCGAAGCCGCGAAAAAAGAAAAGUUGGCACUGAAACAAGCUAUGAAGAAGAACCAUGUUAUACUUAAAGAGGAAAACAAAAAGUUCAAGAAGCUGGAGAAGGAAGUUCAGAAGAUGGCGGCCUCUAUGAAGGACGAGGAAGAAGAUGAGGACGAUGAUGAGGAAAAGGCAGAGGAACCCGAGGAGGAUAACGAUGCAGAAGAGACCGAGGAAGAGGAAGAAGAUUCUGAGGAGUCGGAAUCAGAAGAAAGCGAAGCAGAAACUGAAAGCGAAUCCGAAGCAGAGGAUUCCAGCAACGCUGACAAAAAGAGUAAUUUGGAACCGCGUGUGAAGAAACACGAGAGUCGUUUCUUAGCAAUGAAGAAAUGCAAUGUAUUGCUUCAAGCCAAUGUAGAUAAUUUGCAAGACGAGAUUACACAAAUACGUGCCAAAGCAGCGAACUUGCAAGCGGAAUUAGAUGCGGUAUUGGCUGAUCUAGGUUUCUAAGCCUUUUUAAACGAAUUUUUGUUAAAACGCGACAUUUUGGAUACAUUUAAAAGCCUCAUCUGAAAGCGGUCGUAAAUUGCUUAUUGUUUUGCGGUAUUUAUAGCUACUUUUUAUGUGAAUAACUAGGAUUUUUUUCUAAUAAAUCAGAACUUACCUUAUCUAGUAAAAUGAAAACUUA